AUCUUGAUUCCAAUCGACCAUCGGGAGUUACAUUUUGUGUUUCCAGCUUCAUCCCUCACCGUCACUCUCGUCAGGCCGUCAGGCGUCAAUUUGCCGCAGCCAGCCACCAUUUCUAUUUUGUACCUGUGCAGAAGAUUUCAGUUUCAGGAUUCGAAAACAAGUCAAAAGGCUAAUGCUGGCCCUCUUACUAAUUUUGAAGUGCUCGACUUGCUACGAUCUAGAGGGGCUGCAAAGGACACUACUCGAGCUAUGUCUUUGAUAACCCCAUCUGAAUUCAAGGUUUAUGAUUAUUUGGUUGAGAGUGCUGCAUACAAUCAGACCAGAGAAAGUAUCAAUACUUUUCUAGAGAAAUCUAAAGAUUACCAAUUACCAAAUGCUGAGUUAAUAAACAUCAUCAACAUUCGACCCACUUCUGCCGUUGAAAUAGCUUCGAUCAUAGAACAGCCUGAAGAGCGCAAUCUGGAAGAGCAGUUGGACAAUAUCGCGGAGAUGAUAAUGGAGGUGCUUCCACCGCCGUUAAAUGAGCAGAACUCUAACGAGGAAGCUGCCGCGGAUGGUGAUGCCGAAAUGCCUGCCGAGGAUGGUGCUGCAGAACUGCCUACCGAAAAUGGUGAUGCAGAAAUGCCUACCGAAGAUGGUGAUGCAGAAAAAGAGGCGGACACCAGUUGAUAUUCAUAUUCCCGAAUGCCUAAAUUUCUAGUCAAAUUCUAGGUCAAGUUUCAGUCAGGUCACUUUCGAGAAAACCCCAAUGACCCACUAAUUUCCAGAUGGAUUUCAAGUCAAGUUUAAGCAUAAAAAAUUAACAAGUCUAGUUAGGAUUUUUUUUUCCAAUUUUGUUAGUGUAACAAUUUUGUUAUGAUGCAGUUUAACAAUGUUUUAUUUUUUUCAGUUUUUGUGAAUAAAUAGAGAAAGCUAAAUUUACUGGUAGUUCCAAUAACAUAGCUACAUUUAUAUUUGAUAACUGACUAUACUUUACUGAUCAAAACAAAAUGCAAUGGUUGGAAGAAUUCCAAAUGGCUAAGAGCCUAAAAUUACAUGUUAC